AUGCACGAAGAGAAUUACUUGAGAUUGCUGACUCUCGACCAGGUACAGCAAAACAUGGCAGAAGUCCAGGCCUUCGUUCAUCAACAGACUUCUUGUGCACUUUUACCCAAUUCGCAGCGCAUCAGCAGCGCAAUGAAAGUCUGCGAAAGCAGAUUUGGAGUGCUUGCAAAGUUAGUGGACGUGUUCACAAUCUCCUUGAACUACCAAAGCCUCAUGCAAAGGAGAUUGGCGGCCAUGAAACUUUUGACGGAGAAGGAUCAGAUUCGGAAAUUCCAGAUUCAGCUCAGAGAGUCUACGUGGGAUUUGCUGACCGCUCCCAUGAUCAAUUCAAACAAUCUUGAGUAA